UUUUUCAAUAAAUACGAGAACAACGUGCGUUCAACGGGUCAAGCAGCACGUAUGAAAUGGAGGCAAUGGAAGUAAUAGACCUCUCUUCAGACGACGAGAAAUCACCGUCCGCCCCAAAGUUAUGCAAAACCAAUACUAACAACGUCAUCACUCGAAUUCGACGUUACCACUAGCCAGACGCAGUAUUUAAUUAACUAUCUGCAUAACGUGCCACUUCUAAAGUUUACUGAAGAAAUGAUCUAUAAAUUUGCAUCAAUGGGGGCAUGGAAGCAACGUUGUCUUUACUUUCGAAAAGUAGACUACCAACAAAAACUCUUGCUUACAAGAACGAGGAAGAAUUGGAGAUUGUGUAUAAUGCAGUUUCAGCUAGGAAACGAAUACAUGAUGAUUCAAUUCCAACACAUAUGAAAAAAAUAAAAUUAUCUUCAUAUGACCAAAAUCCUACAAAUGGAGUUAGAAAGCUGGUUACUAAUCCGGAAACCCUGACGGACAAAUGUCAAGUGAUUGUGGAUCAGAAACGAAAAAUAAAGCCAGAAAUCUGUUCACCAAAACCGGCAACUAUACCUAUGGAAUCUCAUUCUGCGCAGAGGUGUAACAAUGUUGUUAAUUUAGGCUCAAAAACAGACCAAAAUGUAACCGAUUCAGAUGUUGGAGAUACAUCAAACUCACAAGAUGACCGACAGAGUACUCAUUCAUUUAAGGUUAAUGAGGGAGCAUCAUCAUCGAGGCAAAACCUUGAGCCGCAAUUGGUGGUUAGGAAUAAAAUCAAAGUUUCUGAACUUUCCGAUCCCAAUUUGACACUCAGUAAAGAAUUGUUUCAGGCAUUUUUGAAUGCUUGCAAGAGUAAAGACUGUAGCAUUGAUAUGGUUAAAAUCAUAGCAAAACUUCAAAAACAUUUUGAUAAUUUAGAGCCACAUUAUGCAAAGUCUGAAAGUUUCAUAAAAUUGAUUCGGACGAAAGAAAAGUUAAUUUUAAAAGAACCGGCAAAGUACUUUGUGCAUAUAGGUGAGGUCAAUGAUGAAAUGAAGGCUCGACAAAUUCGAAAUAGAUCGGUGGCCGCUUAUACCCUUCACAGUGAAGAAUCAGACGAAAAAGAUGUUAAAGAUAGGGAAAAAUUGAGAGCACUGGAAAAAGCUAUGAGACGCUGCGAACGUUAUAUAAAAAAAUGUGAAACGGCUGAUGUUAACUUUGAAGAUGAAAAUGAUAGCCAUUAUAUAUUGGCAGAAAAAUAUAAGCAGAGAAUGGUUGAACUUUACAACAAAUAUUGUGAAAUUACAGGAGAAAGUUCAGAUGCAGGUCGUGACUAUUUGAGGCCUAAACAUCAUUCUGUAACACCUCUGCCGAUAUUAAAUCAAGCAAUUUCAAAUUUUGUCAAUAUAAAAAUGACAAAAUUUAGGGAAACAUCCUCUUAUAGCAAGAAAAAGGGUGGCAAGACUCGUUCCACCAAUACUGUAAUUUUUCCAGAUUAUGUGGAUAUUCUGAAUUGUAUAAAAAGAUGUAAUAUGGACCAAAAUCUUGAAUUGACUAAGGCAAAACAAGAAACAAUAGCAAAGCAAGCAUUUCUGGAUUUGGGAGCAUACUUACAACGCUGUAGGCAAUCUGACUAUUACGAUACUUUCUCAUUGUACCUUGACAAUGACUCUGACCCGGCAUUAGAAGAUGUAAGCUUGGCGGAAAAAUUACGUAAAAAUAAAGAAAUUGGUAAAGAAAGGUUGGAGAAAGUAUUUGCCGAAUUCGUGAAAAAACAAGAUGAAUCUAAAACCACUGACAAUAUAUCGGAAUCAGAAAAAGCAGAAGAAUCAGAUACGAAUAACGAAUCAUCAGAUGACAACGAAAGUGAUGAAUCUGAUGCAAGCGAGCACAAUCCACUCGAUAUAGAAAUGGGUAGUGAUGUUAAUGAAACUGUCGGUGAUAAAGUAAGCAUACGAACGCAAAAAGAUUCUAGUCCAACAGAUAAUGACAUUGAAACAAACAGGCUUGCGAAUACAGAGAAAGAGAUUAACAGUUCUAUAGAAAAAAGUAAAGGAUGCCGAAGAAGUUCACUUUCACUUUCGAAAAAUGGAGAAACACACGGAAAUUCGGGUACGAAUGAAUCUGUAACAGAAACAAGUGUAAGAAAUGUUGGUGUUGCUGAUAAAAAAGGCACAAACGUGACAAAUCCAUCAGAAACUUUGUUGUCUCCAACUGCAGUUAAUGGUCCAAAUGUCAAUCAAACACAGACUGAUGAGAUAAGUGGAACUAAAGGAUCUGAAAUUGUCAGGAAAAUUGCCUCGCCACCUGAUAGUUAUAAGAAAACAACUGCACCUGUACUUUGCAGCAUAAAUUUACUAUCAGCGGUGACAACAAACGAUUUGGGAUCAGCUGCUGGGAGUUCAUCUCCAACUCCUUCUGACGAAGUGGAAGUAACCGAUGCCCCUGCCAUGGCCCCAGCUGUCAAAUCAAUCUGUGCGGAGGAAGAGAAGAAACCAAUUUUGAGGCCACGGUCAUUCGCCAAGCCGUCUGCUUUUUGGUCAGAUUUUCAAACUGAAACGAAAAACUCAGCCGGAAAUACGAAGAUGAAAGAAGCAGCAGACACGGAUAUGAAGGAAGAAAAAAAUGAUAAAAUUUUGCUGGCUCAAUGUGGACAACGUGAAAUUAUAAAACGGAUCAACUCAACUCCCGUAGGAAAGACUGUACAGGUGAAUGCUGAUGUCCUCAAAGAUUUGCAGAGUAAAAAAACGACUGUCAUGAUACCUACCAUUGCGAGUAGAAAUAGUCCAAAUAUCAGUGUUAACAAUGUGACGAAUAACUUUACAUUUGUAAAUUUCAAGAAGCAGGUACAGUUAAAACCAAACAUUGCAUCCGGAGUUUCGCAACAAACUAACACCGACAAAAAAGGGACAAUAAUUGCACAUUGCAGUAAUGUUGGGGUAAUUAGCAUUGGUUCCAAGAAAGGGCCAACUUCUGAAAAAUCCAAUGAGAAUCAGAUAGUAAAAACGAUAACCGUCAACAGGCCAACCAAACCCUCUAAUUUCAGCAAUCAAACAACAACCGUAGUCACACCGCCAAGACAAUACAAAAUUAUAGCUCCAAAAACCAUAGACAAUCAGAUUCACAAAAGAACUAUUUGCCAUCUGCCCAUUUUAGAUCAACGUGGAAAAAAGACAGUUUAUCAGGUGGUUAAACGUCUCCCUACAACCAAAGUUCAAAAUAUUGUUCUUCCAAGGCCUGUUACGCAAAAUCAAGUACCACUUGAUCCACCUCAAAGAGUUAGCGGGAAUUUACCCGCUAUUGACCCAAAAUUAAAAGUCCAUGUUUCCAAAAGUGUUAAAAAGAUUUUUCAUAUCAAUGUUCCACGGAAAUCUCUGGAUAAGGCAAACAAAGUAUACGAUGCAUCCGACGAUAAAGUUUCCACGUAUGUGGUGGAGUAGAUACUAAUAACCAUUUUUCUAUUGCACGCCUAUGGUAU